GUAACGUGUUCAGCCAUUUUGUUAUUAUUUUCGAAAAUCUGUAGGUUGGAUUUGAGGACAACGUAAAGCAGCCAGUUUUCUUGUUUCUCAUUGAAAGUGGAGGGAAAUAGUAGAAAUUCUGUAUGAGAUUUAAGAAACAAAGUUACGACAAAGAACGGCCUCGGUGGGUAUUGUACAUUUAUGAGUGGAGCUCUCUUCACUGACGAUCGUCAUAAACGAAGCAGAGGCAGGAGUGACGAGCGAGAGAACGUGCGAAAGAUAGAGAGAGAGAAAGAGACGGUGAGGAACAGCGAGCUGUGAAACGAGGAACGAAAUUGGUCGCGCGCGGGAAUCAGCGGUUGUGUGUUUGGCCUUUUUCUGAUUGUGAUUUACUGCGAGAGAUUGUGAUUGCUCGUGUGAAACGUGUGUUUUUUACCUAUGAAUUGAGAAUCUACGUGUGGGAGUUAAUGCGAUAGAGUGUAUGAGAAUUGGAUAAUUUACAAUAAAUAAUGGCAACAUUAGCAGAACAAGCAUCUAAGCUUUUGGAUUUUAAUCAAAAGCUGGAUAUAACACUUCUUGAUAAUAUAGUAGGUUGUAUGUACACUGGGAUAGGCGAGCAACAGAGAGUUGCACAGGAAGUAUUAACCACACUUAAAGAACAUCCAAACGCAUGGACCCGUGUAGAUACUAUUCUAGAAUAUUCACAGAAUCAACAGACAAAGUAUUAUGCUCUACAAAUAUUGGAACAAGUUAUAAAGACACGAUGGAAAGUAUUACCAAGAAAUCAGUGUGAAGGUAUAAAAAAAUAUAUUGUAGGCCUUAUUAUAAAGACAAGUAGUGAUCCAGAAACAAUGGAGGCUUCAAAAGUUUAUCUUAAUAAACUUAACAUGAUUUUAGUCCAGGUUUUAAAACGGGAAUGGCCAAAAAAUUGGGAGUCUUUCAUUGGUGAUAUUGUUGGAGCAAGUAAAACAAACGAAAGUCUUUGUCAGAACAAUAUGGCAAUUUUAAAAUUAUUAUCAGAAGAAGUAUUUGACUUUUCUAGUGGACAAAUGACACAAACAAAAGCAAAACAUUUAAAAGAUACAAUGUGUAGUGAAUUCUCGCAUAUUUUUCACCUUUGUCAGUUUGUAUUGGAUAAUUCACAAAAUGUCCAAUUGGUGGCAGUUACAUUAGAAACUCUUUUAAGGUUUUUAAAUUGGAUUCCUCUGGGGUAUAUUUUUGAAACAAAAUUAAUAAGUACUUUAGUAUUCAAGUUCUUAAAUGUACCAAUAUUCAGAAACAUUACACUAAAAUGUUUAACUGAAAUUGCUGGUGUUACAGUAACAACAUAUGACGAUGUAUUUGUAAUGUUGUUUGUUAACGUAAUGCGACAGUUGGAACAGAUCCUACCCCUUGAUACAAAUAUACGUGAAGCAUAUGCAGCUGGUGGAGAUCAAGAACAAAAUUUUAUUCAAAAUUUAGCUAUAUUUCUUUGCACAUACUUAAAAGAACAUGGGCAGUUUAUAGAAAAAAAACAAUUGAAUGAGUUGCUACUUAAAGCAUUGCAUUACCUUGUUUUAAUUUCUGAGGUUGAAGAAGUCGAAAUAUUUAAGAUUUGUUUGGAAUAUUGGAAUGCAUUAGCAAUGGAUUUAUAUAGAGCAAAUCCUUUCGUUUCUCCAACGCCCUUAUUCAUGGUUAAAAAUAUGACUCUCCCAUCUAGGAGAUUAUUCUAUUGCCCGGUCUUAACUAAAGUACGGUAUAUUAUGAUUAGUAGAAUGGCUAAACCAGAAGAAGUUCUUGUUGUAGAAAAUGAAAAUGGGGAAGUUGUUAGAGAAUUUAUGAAAGACACUGAUUCUAUUAAUUUAUAUAAAAAUAUGAGAGAAACUCUUGUAUAUCUUACUCAUCUUGACUACAUGGAUACUGAAAGAAUAAUGACAGAGAAACUGCAAAAUCAAGUAAAUGGAACGGAAUGGUCUUGGAAAAACCUCAAUGCGUUAUGCUGGGCAAUAGGUAGCAUUUCUGGUGCGAUGCACGAGGAAGACGAGAAGCGAUUUUUGGUAACUGUUAUCAAAGAUCUUCUUGGUCUUUGUGAACAAAAGAAAGGCAAGGAUAAUAAAGCUAUUAUUGCUAGUAAUAUUAUGUAUGUAGUUGGACAGUAUCCAAGAUUUCUGAGAGCGCAUUGGAAAUUUUUAAAGACUGUUGUAAAUAAACUGUUUGAAUUUAUGCAUGAAACUCAUGAUGGUGUGCAAGAUAUGGCCUGCGAUACAUUCAUAAAAAUCGCAUUGAAAUGCAGGCGACAUUUUGUUACGCCUCAAACGGGAGAAUUGGUACCAUUCAUUGAAGAAAUUCUUUCUACUAUUAGUAGCAUCAUUUGUGACCUUCAAACCCAGCAGGUACAUACAUUUUAUGAAGCAGUUGGGUAUAUGAUAUUUGCACAGACAGACACAGUAAUGCAGGAAGAAUUAAUAGAGAGAUAUAUGCUUUUACCAAAUCAAGUAUGGGAUGACAUAAUAAGUCAAGCAUCUAAAAAUGUAGAUGUAUUAAAAGAUCAAGAAGCUAUAAAACAACUCGCUAGUAUUUUGAAAACAAAUGUACGGGCUUGUAAAGCUCUUGGUCAUCCAUACGUGAUUCAAUUAGGAAGAAUAUAUUUAGAUAUGUUGAACGUUUAUAAGGUUAUGAGUGAAAAUAUAAGUGCUGCAAUAGCUUUGAAUGGUGAAGUAGUAAUGGAACAAUCUCUAAUUAAAAGUAUGAGAGUAGUGAAAAAGGAAACCUUAAAAUUGAUCUCAGAAUGGGUCAGCAGAACAACUGAUCGUCAAAUGGUCUUAGAUAGCUUUUUACCACCUUUAUUGGAUGCUGUUUUAUUGGAUUAUCAGAAAACAAAUGUUCAUUGUGCACGUGAACCAGAGGUGCUAAGUGCUAUAGCUAUUAUCGUAAAUAAAUUAGAAUGUUACAUUACGAAUGAAAUACCUAAAAUAUUUGAUGCUGUGUUUGAAUGUACUUUAGAAAUGAUAAAUAAAGAUUUUGAAGAAUUCCCGGAACAUAGAACGAAUUUCUUUUUACUUUUACAGGAAGUGAAUGUUUCUUGUUUCGGUGCAUUUCUUAUAAUUCCACCAGCACAAUUUAAGCUUGUACUUGAUUCUAUAAUCUGGGCUUUCAAGCAUACAAUGAGAAAUGUUGCAGAUAUAGGAUUACAAAUAUUGUAUCAACUUUUACAAAAUAUUGAAAUUUCGGCGCCGGAUGCUCAAAAUUUCUAUCAAACAUAUUUUACAGAUAUUCUUCAACACAUAUUCAGUGUAGUUACAGACUCAUCGCAUAUAGCUGGCCUUAAUAUGCAUGCUACUAUUCUGGCAUAUAUGUUUUCAUUGGUUGAACUUGGGCGAAUUAAAGUUCCAUUAGGACCUGUACCAGAUAACACAUUGUAUGUUCAAGAAUUUGUUGCCAGAUUGCUUAAAACAGCAUUUCCACAUUUAACUGAUAAUCAGAUUAAAAUAACUGUACAAGGUUUAUUUAAUCUUAAUCAAGACAUCCCAGCGUUCAAAGAACAUCUUAGAGAUUUCCUUGUUGAAAUUAGAGAAUACACCGGGGAAGAUGACUCAGAUCUAUAUCUCGAAGAGAGAGAAACUGCAUUACGAUUGGCACAAGAAGAAAAAAGGUUACAACAAAUGGCAGUACCAGGAAUACUUAAUCCUCACGAAAUACCAGAGGAGAUGCAGGACUGAAUUACCAGUCUUACCAGUUACCUGCUUUCUGUACAUCUCAAUAAGAAACAUUCUAUAUCCUUUGAUCUGCGACUUUUCUUACGUGUACCACAAUUACCACCAAGAUGGAUAUACAUUAUAUACUUUUUAAAGCCAAGUUUACAAUAUAACAUUCUUGUUAAGGAGGUAAGCCCGAAACGCGGUGAUUGUUUGUCUGUUAUACAAUUUUAAAAGAAUUGAAACUUCUGUUAUGAGUAACAGGUGAAUGAAUGCUGAACAAUACUAUUUUAUGUAGUGGAUAAUAUGGUAUUUAUACAUUGAUGUUCAGUAAAAAAUAUUGGUUAUGAUUACUGAACAUUAAUGUUACAUUACAUAAUAAUUUCUUUUUAUAUUUCUUCUAUUGAUAUUACAAAAAUUUUUAAUAAAAAUUUAAUAAAAUUUCUAAUAAAAUAUUAACAAUAUUUGACACAAAUAAUUUUAUUCUAAUAGAAAGGUUCUAAUAACAUUUAAUAUUGGCGAAUAUAUAAUAAAUAAAAUCAUUUUCUAAAUUAAAUUGAAUUUGAUAUACGAUAUUUAGUUCAUAUAAAAUAGUAGUGUUUCAGCAAAUGUAGAGGAUGUUACACGUACAUGUGUGUGUUUGCAUAAAGUUGUAUGAUAAUGCUAUUAAUAUUACCAUAUAUAGAUAUAUAGGUACAUAGUAUAUAAAUAUAUAUGAUCUGCAAGUCAUACAGAGAAAUUUUGUAAAUUAAAAACUACAUGUCAUAUAUAGCAUUUGUUUAAAUUUUACUUUUCUGAUAAUCCCUAUAUAUUCAUCAACAAUAAAUUUGUUCAGGAUAAGACAAUUUAUUUUUAUUGUAUUUAACUACUAUAGGUAAAUUAUAUAUAUAUAUAUAUAUAUA